AUGCCACCCCAAACGGAGAAGACAAUGCCACUAGAUGAAUAUGAAAAAAUUGACCAAUCAUUAUCUGAUGAAAAUCAGAAUAUAGUUCGGAUUAAGAAAUAUCUUCUUAUCCUUCUUUUAAUACAAUCGUUUGUAUGUGUUGUUACUUUUGGUGUUGGAUUUUCCUCAGUAUUAGUUAAGAAUUCAGCGAAUAUUUCAAAUGGUAUUAGAUUAUUGAUACCAGGGAUUAGUUUAACUAUAUAUUAUAUAUUUGGUCUUGCAGCUACAUAUAAACAACAUCGAAUUGGAUUACUUAUAUUUGCAUCAAUUGGAGUGUUUCUUCUUAUAGCAGCAUGUAUUUUAUUUGUUUAUGUCACCUUAGUUAUUAUGGCAGUAACUCUUGCUUAUGGUGUUACUAGUCAAGGAUAUGCAGCCAUCGUAUUUUUUGGGUUUUUCUUUGCAUUCAUGGCAUUUGUUAUGAUUAUGUCUUUGAAAUUCUCUUUCACUUUGGCAAAAUUGAUCAAAGCAAAUGAGUAUUCAACCGUCUAA